UAGCCCUCCAACCACUAAGCUGAAACAAACAAUGUCAAUCACUCGAGUUUGGCCUCUUCAAUCCUUCAUUUUCUUUCAUCUCCUCCUUGCCCCAUGGCUGCCACCACCCCUCCUUGCUGCAGCUGCAGGAGGCGGCCGGUGGCAGCUGUUGCAGCGAAGCAUAGGCGUGUCGGCCAUGCACAUGCAGCUCCUCCACAACGACGUCGUGGUCAUAUUCGACCGCACUGACUUUGGCAAGUCCAACCUUUCGCUGCCGAACGGCAAAUGCCGGAAUGAUCCCCGCGACACUGCUUUGAAGAUCGACUGCACCGCACACUCCAUCGAAUACGACGUGGCAUCGAAUUCUUUCCGACCUCUCAUGGUCCAAACCGAUGUUUGGUGCUCCUCCGGCUCGGUAAUGCCCGAUGGACGCUUGAUCCAAACGGGCGGUUUCAAUGACGGAGAACGUCGGAUCCGGAUCUUCAACCCAUGCAGUGGCUGCGAUUGGCAAGAAGUCGAAAACGGGCUCUCUGCGCGUCGGUGGUAUGCAACCAAUCACAUAUUGCCCAACGGUCUGCAAAUUAUCGUCGGCGGCAGGGGACAAUUCAACUACGAAUUCUAUCCAAAAACCGGAGCUCCGAAAGUGUACAAUCUUCCAUUUCUUGCGCAGACCAAUGAUGCCAACAUCGAGAACAACCUCUACCCUUUUGUUCAUCUCAACGUCGACGGAAACUUGUUUAUUUUUGCUAACAAUCGGGCAAUAUUGUUCGAUUAUGCACACGGCAAGGUGGUGAAGACGUACCCGGCGAUGCCAGGCGGUGACCCGAGGAACUACCCAAGUACCGGGUCUUCGGUCUUGCUCCCAUUGAAGAACUUGCAAGCACCGGUUAAAGAAGCUGAAGUUUUGGUAUGUGGUGGCGCGCCUAGAGGGUCAUACAUCAAGGCAACUAAAGGGAACUUCGUCGGGGCACUAACAACAUGCGGGAGGAUCAAAAUAACCGACCCGGCUCCACAAUGGGUCAUGGAGACUAUGCCAAAGCCUAGAGUCAUGGGAGACAUGACCCUUCUCCCAAACGGCAACGUCUUGAUCAUCAAUGGCGCUGCUGUGGGAACCGCCGGCUGGGAGAUUGGUCGGAACCCAGUGUUCAACCCGGUCCUCUACCGACCUGAUAACCCGACUGGAAACCGGUUUGAGCUCCAAAACCCCUCCUCCAUACCGCGGAUGUACCACUCCACGGCGAUCCUCCUCCGAGAUGGGAGAGUCCUUGUCGGAGGAAGCAACCCUCACGUCACCUACGCCUUCACCAGCGUUCUCUUCCCAACAGAGCUAAGCUUGGAGGCAUUCUCGCCGCCGUACCUUGAUGCACAGUACAACAAUCUGCGCCCGAGGAUAAUAUCGCCGGCCUCUCAAGCUGGGAUUGGCUACGGAAUGAAACUCCUCGUCAGAUUUUCAGUCGUCGGAGCCGUUUCCGCAUCUAGGGUGACAGUGACAAUGGUGGCACCGUCGUUCACGACCCAUUCUUUCUCAAUGAACCAGCGGCUGCUGGUGAUAGGGGACGGCAGGGGAGUGACUGCCGUAGGGAAAUCGGUGUACGAAGUGGAGGCGGUGACGCCGGGUACUCGUACCCUUGCACCGGCUGGGUAUUAUCUGCUGUUUGUGGUACAUCAGGAUGUGCCCAGUGAAGGGAUUUGGAUCCGGAUGCAGUGAACAGUAUCUUAUCGGGUCGCGGAAAUAUGAAUCCCCUUUGGGUCCGACUAAAGGCAGAGCCGCAAAGUGAAUGCUCCAAGAAAAGACUAUAUUUUCUCUCUUCUUUUUUUCUUUUUAAAUAAGUGAUAUAGAUUAUUUUUCGUUUUCUGAGCCCGUGGAUUCGAACUCGGAAUCGUCUGACAUCAUACCGAACAGAUAGAAGGAAUUCAUAAAUACGUUAGUGUGUGUUAUCAGCGUCUACUUCGUCGCAAAGCAUUAAGACAGUCGAUGUGUUUGUAAUAAUAUUUCUGCAAUUAAAAGAAUUACGAAUUGCCAUGAUAA